GCCCCCGUCUGACAUAUGCAAGGACAGACGGACAUCAGAGCUGAAAUGUCCCUGCAGGGAGAAAGUACUGACACCUUCACAGUGGACACUUCGUCCUUCUGCAACAGAUUGAAGAGCAUGUGAGUCAUCAAAAUGGAUGAUUUAGAUCACAGCAUACACAUUGGAGAGUACGACUGGACGAGCUUCUAUGAUGAGAGUGAGGAGUGUUGUCUGCUGCAGGCUUCGCUCGCCUGCCCUGAUAGCUGGAACCUCAGUGAUUCAGAUGAUUCGGAAAACCCAAGUUCAGUGCUGUGCACAGGCCGGCUGGAGCCACAGCACAGCUCUGCGAGAUGCUGCACAGAGAGAGAGACUUGCACUGGUUGUGUAAAGUGUACAUCAGUGCAGAUUACAGAGAGUAGUUCAGGACAAGGACAAGAUGAUCUUACAACAAAAGCUGAGAUAUGUGUUGAUUAUCCUGAAGCGACCGCCAUCAGCACAGCAGAGCACAUCACAGAGGAGACAAAUAACAACACCACACUGCAAACUGAGCAACUAAAUGUUCAGUCUGCAGAUGGAGACUCAUCAGAGCUGAAAAAAGAAGAUGGAGAUGUACAAACAGAGAGUGAACUCAAAUCCAUACAGGAACCUGACCCACUUUCUUGCAACCAAGCGGAGCUAAAUGUGAACGAGCCAUACAAUACAAACAGAGCUGUGAGCGAGGGUGUGAGCAGCGCUGCAUUAAGAGCAGAAAAAGAACGCUGGUUCGUGACAGUAAACUACAGUCCUGCACGACCGCGAGUGCGUGCCGCCUCUGUGAAAAAAAAACGAAGACAAAAAAAACUUUGUAAGGACAAUUACAUGGGCAGACCUGGGCAGGAGAGAUUACUUGAAAAUGGCAAGAUAAUUAAAAAUAAGAAUGAAUCCGACAGAGGGAUGGACACAGAGUGUGUCACACAAACAAACCAAAAAUCAAAAGGGUAUCAAGGUGGUGAAGAAGAUCCUGAGGGUGUUCACAUGGGACUCAUUUCAGAUUCAUCGCAAGUGUCUUUAAUGUCUGGUGAAGAAGAUGAUUUGUUAGAAAAGCUGGUGAUGUCUCAUUUUCCUACAGAACCAACGACAGACAGAUACCAACACGACCCAAGCAGCUCAGCAUCCACGCUCGAUGACACAUUUACACCCAAAGAACCAUCACGGUUGGACAGUGUGGAGUCUGAUGACGCAGCCGAGUUCCUCUCCACUCACAGUUUUGAUUCUGAAAUCUAUCUGUCAGCGAAUGAAUCAGAGGAGGACCUUCAGCGUCUUAUUGUUGAACACCAAAGCUCAUUAUCUCUGACAGAAAACAGCCAUCUGUUCAAUCUGACUGAAAAUGACAAUGCAGACUUUACACCAGACAGAGAUUCUUGUGAUAGCCCUCUGUCUUGCACUGUCACAGUUCCCAACGCUGAAGGUCACAAAAGCACUGACAUCGAGCCCACCCUCACAUUUCCAUCUGCUCGCCAAAGCUCUGACAAAAUACCAGAUGACAACUCCACAUGUAACAACCACACACACAGCACGCCGCCCUCAGAUGCACCUGGACUCCAACAACAUGAAGUUAAUCUUCCGGCAUCUGGCUGCUCUUCAGGAGAUCAGCUUCUCCCUGUUCCUGAGUUAACUCUAACACCAUGCUCUGUGGCCGACAGCCCCGAAACAUACGCUGAAGCCGCGGGCCACACUCGCCCUGUGUAUGCCAUUUCUGCUUUUUGGGAUGAGAUGGAAAAACUGACAAUAAAUGACAUUUUGCAGCUCAGGAUGGGUAGAAGAACCCCUCCCAGGGAAACACAAGACACAGUGACACUGGUCACAGAUGAUCACAGCUCUGUGGCUGACACUGUGGAGUAUAAUUCAUCUGACGGGGGUCUGAUGGACACGUCAGAUGCUGCUGACUCAGAUUAUUUCACACAGCCUGAUGAAUCCAAGCCAGAUCGUUCAAGCUGUGAGUUUUCCACCUCUGAUUUUGAAGAAGAGUACUGGCAGUUUCUUAGCGCCAGUAGGAACCCCAGUCCUGACCCUCAAAGCAAAAAAAGCAGGAGUGACUCUCUGUUCUUUGCACAUGAGGAAGAGGAGUCCUCAGGCUCCGAGGGAAAGGAGACACCUGUGCCUUCAGAAGACUAUGAAAUGAAAUGUUUUGAGGAUGAGGACUCGAAUGCUUUAAUUUCAAGCGAACUUCCAUUGCCGACACAAAUAACAAAAAGCAAAAGCGUGCGUAACGUACAGGCUCUCAUCACAGACGAUUUAUCUCUGCAGGUUCUGCUUGGUAACGAUGAGAGCAGUCCGUGUCUCAGCAGCUGUCCAUCUCUGGAGGACGACAUGGUUUUGAAAACGAGCAACAGCCUGGAAAAACUAACGCCUACACCGUUUCUGGGCGAACAUUAUCAGAUAUCCAUCCCUGAAGUGUUUGAAUACUUUUUCACAGGGGAUAGAACAAAGACUGAUUCCCGGUGUGUCGCCGUCUAUGAUCCAGAGGACUUUUCAGCGGCUCCUGUGUUUGACUUCACUCUUCGUACAGUCAGAGAUGAAAGGUCAUUUUCUCCCCUCCAUGACCUUCUGUGCAUCAAGGAGAAACCCAUCCCCAUUUUCUCCUGUUCUCACCCGACCGUCAGAGAACUCACAUUCCCAAAUCAGGACUAUGUUUUCCUGAGUGCAGACUGUGAGAUGGAGGACGACAUCUCUCCAAUCAGAGUCGUGUCUCGCUCCUUCAUCCAGGGCAGUGAUUGUGGGGCAGCGGCCUCACAUGGAUUUCUCACCUGGAAAAGUCUGAUGAGGAAGAUUCGCUUCCCUGACAAAGGUAGCAUCUGGUGCAGCAGAUCUGGUGCCUGGGUGUUCCCCAUUGAGGCAGAGAAGAUCACAAUCAAGAGUGCUGAUCACCCAGUAACAGUCCUCACUGAGAGGAGAGUCUCUCUGAGUCCUUCUCAGCUGUUUAGAGAGCUGGCUGUGCAGCAGAGGGUAUUUGAGGCUAUACAGACAAAAAGACGACAGGGCAUCUUCUCCACACUGAAGCAGUCAGAUAUGUGUUUAGUCUGCAUUGCUUUUGCCUCCUGGGUGUUAAAAUCCUCUGAUCCAGAGAGUGCUGAUACCUGGAAAGCAGUUCUCCUGGCAAAUGUGAGUGCGCUGUCGGCCAUCCAGUAUCUGCGGCAGUAUGUGAAGAAGAAGAAUCCUGCUCAAGAUGAAGCCUGAUAUGUGCACGCAAGAGGGAAGAGUAAUUUCCAUACAUUUUCACUUGGGUCCAUCCAUAAAAAUAUAUUCAAGUUACAAUACAGAAUCUAAAAGAAAACUGAUGUUUCAAGUUCUUUUCAGCCUGAAGCUAGUUGAAGGUUUUUAUUUAAAGGAAGUUUAAGUUUCUUGUUGUCAACAGAUUCCAUAAAAAGAGACAAACCAACAGUGAACUGAUCCUCAUGACAAACACAGCUGUUACCAAAGCCUGAUGAAGCUUCUUCCUCUAUUAUUAUUCAAAAACUCUUCAUUACAAUGAAUACAGACAUUUUAGAGAAUGGAUACUCAACUUGCUUUACCUGUGGUCAACCUUGCAAGAUGCCAGGGGGCAGUUAUAGCAGCCAGCACAGGUCAGGUGUACCUAAGGAUUUGAGGAUAUUCGCAGCUUACCUCAGACUUCUGUCAGGGGGAUGUGAUAAAAGGCUGAAUGCGCAAUAAAAAAAAUGAGAUUUUUGAGAUGAGAUUGAAAACUAAGUAUUGGACAAACAAAAAUGUUCAUGUCACAUUUGUAGGCUGACUGCAUAAUGAUUAAAAAAAAAAACCAAGUGAACAUGCUCACAAGCAGGCAUCCUAAUGGUUACACUGCUAAAAACAACAGCACCAAGUUGUUAUAGGAAAUUAUUUAGAUUAUUUUGAAUUAGAUUUGAUUUAAUCAGUAUGUAUUCGAGACCUAACAGGAACAAAAUGGCUUUGGGUUGAGAGCCGCACGCAGGAUGUGUGAGUUGUAAAGAGAUGAACUUACACUGUUGGUUUUGGUCCUUUUUAUGGAAUUGGCUGACAAUAAAAAAUAAUAGCUUAUCUGCAGCCACAUCCUUUAAACAUUUCAUCUGCAUUUUCAACUUUUAAUGACUGUUUUUUCAGUUCUGGUUAAACUGAUGUUGAUAUAUGGACCAUUAUGUAAGCACAGAUGCUCACACUUUUUGACACGUGCUGUUUAUGAAUGUCAUGGCUUUGUCUGUCAUACAGCUGUAAUCCAGCUAAGGUUUAACAGCAGCCUGUAGAGGUUCUGAUUAGAUGCAGAGUGUAUGUAGGCCGUCUUUGUUGAGGAGGACAAAGGGGAUGGGAAGCUGAAAGAAAGCUGUGUUGUAGUUAUGUGCCUGGUUUGUAUUUAUGUUGUAAGAAAAGGUUCAGUAGGUGAUUGCUUGAGCUGUGCAUCAUGGGUAAGCAUAGUCUGAAACAGGGUAACAAACUGUUUUGCUUUUUGCCCCUUUAAGGGAAUACUUCACCCACAAAAUGAUCCUUUGUAUAUCCAUAACUCACCACUGUAUUCAUUGAAUUUGUGAAAGAACUUUUUCUCUCAUGCCUCCAUGGUGAACGAAGAAUCCAGAAACAGUGAAAAGUCUGGGUGAAUUGGAGCUCAUAGGCUCACACAUGCUCAGGCACACUUGGGUUAUACUGCAUGAGUUGUGUGAGAGUUUUUAUACAGUUUGGCUGUUGUUAAAUGUGGACGCUCUUCACUUCAUAAAGUUCGCCUUUUUGGGUUCUCCAUUUGCUGUGGCAGCGUGCGAGAAAAACAAUGUUUUCUGCACAAAUUCAAGGUGACAUGGUGAGAGACUGAUAUACAAAUGAUCAUUGUUCGGGUGAGGUCAUCUUUUCAGAGUAGCUAUUUAAUAUAUCUGCCUGUAUACAUACGCAAAAUAAAAUUGCUAUGUCUGUUAGGUGUUGCUGUCUCAGGCACUUUUAUGUAUUACCCCUACAUUACCUGCUGUCACAUUUUGUGUGAAGAUCUAAGAGCAAAUGACUGUUAUCAGAACACUUCUUCAUAUCUCUUGUCAAACAAGACUGGGUACAUAUGAUUUUACAUAUAUGACUGAUUUUGUGCAAUAAGUAUUUUAAUGCAAUAAAACCAUGAAUACAUCA